AUGGACCCAAACAACGACCUCCCAAAGCUCGCGACCUGUACAAGCUGCCAGGUGGUCGAAAACAAGUCAAACUACUGGACCGCCGUUCUGUUCUUCAAACACACCAACGGCAGUUUCAUCCGCGUCCCUCAGAAACCCAACAUCAACAUGGGUCAGCCCAACGGAGGAAUGACGGUCUACUACGUCCAAAACGGAGGUGGAAAGAUUACCGCAUUCCCAAAGUUCAUUCCCAUCUUCUCUCGAGCUCCUUGGCAAACAGGGCCUUUGACUGACAAACCAAACACUGGCCAGGGCUUCCGGAUGAUUACAGGUAACCCAAUGCUACGAAGUGAGAAUACCAAGGUACCGCCAAAGGUGACCAGCUUCCGAUGCCUCGACGAAACUCUGGAGGACUUCAGCGGUCAACCCCCGGGCGGGAGACCGGACCCCGUCGACUUCCCCAAGAAGCCAUGUCCAGCCGUUAUGCGGUCCCAGACGUACUUCCCUCAGUGCUGGGACGGGGUGAACAUCGACAGUCCCGACCAUGCUAGUCACAUCGUCCAUCCAGUCGGACCCCCGGAUGACUUCACAGGUCUCAAUUUCUACCGAGGGACAUGUCCUGCAUCCCACCCAGUCCGGAUGCCCAUGAUCCUCUUCGAGACGAUCUGGGAGACCAGAGCUUUCAACGACUUGUGGCCAACCGAUGGUUCGCAGCCAUUCGUAUAUAGCAUGGGCGAUCCAACUGGUUACGGCCAUCACGGGGACUACGUGUUCGGGUGGGAGGGCGACACUCUCCAGCGCGCGAUGGACAAAUGCACAGACUUCAACGGGGACGCGAAUUAUUGCAAGGAAUUCACCGUCCAACCUGACACGGAGAUGAACAAGUGCGCCUUGGAGUCGGUUGUUGACGAGGUUGUCGAUGGGUACCUCGAUGCUCUGCCUGGAUGCAACCCCAUUCAACCUGGACCCGAAGAUGCGACGAUGGUGGAAGGAUGUACAGCGGUCUCGACUACCAAGGGAUAUCCUGCGGGACCUACCCCAGUCCCAACGUCCAUUUAG